GCAAAAAGAGGCACCUUCAGAAUGGAAAUGAAUAUUGAGAAAGCUUACAGUACCUUUAACAUCAGCAAUGGAACAGAUCUAGCUAUUGGCUUUACCUCUUCCACAGUAGCUGUCCUUCUAUUCGGGACAAACUUUGUGCCUGUUAAGAAGUUUGAUACUGGUGAUGGCAUGUUUUUCCAAUGGAUUCUUUGUGCCUCCAUAUGGAUAGUUUCUUUGGUGGUCAAUUUAAUCCAGAAUUGCCCCCGGUUUUGGCCUCUGGCUAUGGUUGGAGGUUUCGUGUGGGCUACAGGAAAUGUUACAGUUGUCCCUAUUGUUAAAACCAUUGGCUUGGCUCUUGGUCUUUUGAUAUGGGCUUCUUUUAAUUUGCUGACAGGUUGGGCAAGUUCAAGGUUUGGUUGGUUUGGAAUUGACCCAGAAGAGGUGUCAAGACCAAUCUUAAAUUAUAUUGGAGCUGGACUUUCACUAUUAAGUGCUGUCAUAUUUCUUUUUAUAAAAACGGAAGUCCAGAGUUCUUCGGCGUCGUUAGAAAGCACGCCUUUACUGAGAGAAAGUUCUAUUAAUGUUUCUGAAGAUACUUCUGAUGACUCAUGGGUGAACAGACUUUCUCCAGCAAAUAAAAGACUCAUAGGAUGUAGCCUGGCUGUGGUAGCUGGAAUACUCUACGGUUCCAGUUUUGUACCAGUACUUUACAUCAAAGACCAUGGAAGAAGAAAUGAAACUAUAUAUACAGGAGCAAGCCAAUUUGAUUUAGAUUAUGUUUUUGCACACUUCAGUGGAAUAUUUCUUACAAGUACAGUCUACUUUUUGAUCUACUGUGCAGUCAGGAAAAAUAAACCUAAUGUUUAUCCCCAAGCCAUAUUGCCAGGGUUUGUUUCUGGUGUGCUUUGGGCAAUAGCCAAUUGCUGCUGGUUUAUAGCCAAUCACUAUCUCAGUGCUGUGGUCAGCUUUCCAAUAAUUACUGCAGGUCCUGGCCUUGUUGCUGCAAUGUGGGGAGUCCUUGUAUUUAAAGAAAUCAAGGGACUGAAAAACUACGUGUUACUCUCAGUAGCGUUUUGCAUAAUUUUGGCUGGAUCACUCUCCACAGCUUUCUCUAAAGUUUGAAAGGAUCUUCUGGACCAGUAGAUGGUGCUACUGCUUAAUAUAAUCCGAAAGACAAUAUUGGUAUAUAGCAACACACAGUAAUUUUCAAAAUGUAUGUUUACCCUAACUUACUCCAGGCAAGUGAAAAAGAAAACUUUUCCUAAAUGCUCCCAUUUGGCAUGAAAGAGAAUCUGAAAUGUUUGUUUCUGCAUU